AUGUCAUCUACAGUGCGGUUUGACGCGGCAACACAGUCAUCUUGGGACACCGUCAGGCUGCGCGUCUGGCGUGGAACUGUACCCAUCUUCUUCUCCUGCCCAGGACAUAAAGCUCAGCUCAAGCUCGAUGUGCCACGACUCAGCUAUCUACCGCUCGCUUUCGCAAAAUUGCGAGAAGUCUUCAACCUGCGUGGCGAUGCAAAGAUCUGGCUGACUACAGCUCGCAAGGAUCACCCACGAGAGGUCUUGCUGACGCAUAUGCCAGCUGGCUUGCUCUAUGAUCUUCACACAACCUCCAUCAGAGACGUUGCACCAUUGCACUUGGUCGUCAUUGAUGAUGAAGCUGUCCUGCCCAACAGCCCCACUGCGCCUGGUGAAUGGCCAGCACCACCGCGGCUGUCGUUGCAAGAUGAGUAUGCCAUCUUGCCCCUCCUAUGGCAGACUUUCAAGCAAGCGCUGCAUCUUCGCUUAGGCAGCCUUAGAUGGCUGCAAUCUUUGACACCCUCUCAAUCAGCUGCCUUACAACGAGCCUUGCUGAUGCUCGAUAUGACGACGACAUACGAUCUUGGUCAGCGCUUGCUUCAAAGUCCUCUACAGUCGGUGCCCGUGCGGCUAUGCAUUUCAUCUUCCGUGUUUCUACAAAUGGCUGUACCCCUACGAACGCAAGGAGGAGUGACAACUGUGAAAGAUUGCAUCGCUAUACGCAUGCCAGACAUGGCGAUACUGCUUGUUGAUCCACAGAACCAUGAAGCUCAAGUUCCUGGUGUGCUUGUUUAUCUGCACGGCGCAGCCGUUCCACUCGAUACUCCCCUGUCGGAUUUGUUGGAGGAGGCAGCGUACGCAGAUGCUUGGCUUUACUUUGUGUUGCUACCGGUUGGCUGA